AAAUUUCCUGACAGUGAGAGGCAUAUUUAAUGUACAUAUUUUAAAGUUUGAGACUGAACACAUUUCUUCACUGCUUGGAUAUGAGAUGAAGUUUUAUUGUUGACACUUCAGUCCAAAUGUUUGAAAAAUAGUCAUGAUGGAUUAGUGCAAUAAUUGACAGAUAUUUGAAAACCCUCUAAAAUGGAGGGCGAGGAAAGCUUUGAGCUGACCCAGGGUAACUCAGGGUACCAACAGCCUGGAGAAACGACUCCCAGAGAUGACAGUGAACCAGCUGAGAGGGGACCAGCAGGGAAUUCUCAGGACAAUGUGUCUAAAGACAACAAUGUCCAGUCUUCAGCAGAGGACAAGACCCAGUCUGCAGCAGAUGACACAGAUGGAGACACACUAAAGGACUCACCAAGGAAAGAUGCCAAUGCAACAGAGGAAUUCAGUGUUUCACAUGAGGAAACUUCCCAACACAGAAAGAAAAGCAAGAGGAAGAAAAAGAAGAGGAAGAAAGAUAUUAUAAUAGCCGCAAAUCAAGAUCUAGUGGAAGAAAGUCAAGCAUCAUCAAGAACUGAAGAUAUACAAAAGCAGAAUGAGGAACCAAUAGUAAUAGCUCCUAUAGAUAUGGAGAAGAGGAGAGAAGUUAUAGCUCCUAUAGAUAUGGAGAAGAGGAGAGAAGUAAUAGCUCCUAUAGAUAUGGAGAAGAAGAGAGAAGAAGAACAGAAGAUCAAGAUGAACUGGACCCAGCAGUUGUCUUUCCACAAUAAGGUUUCCCCCGCGGACGACCCUGACACAGAGCGGUACAACAUGCCAGAAUAUCAUCCAGAGAAAACCCUCGACUUGGACAAAUUUGGUUCCACGGUUCCAGUGAAUGGUGCCAGCAGUUAUCAUCCUGCAGAGUUUGGACACAGAAGAAUUGAUAAAGUCAUAGGAGCUGACCCGGAUGGGAGUAGUGGAAACAUUGGAUGUUGUGGAAGCAUUCUUAUGAUUAUGUCUUUCUUUCUGGUUAUAGUGACCUUUCCAUUUUCAUUAUUUUUCUGCAUCAAGGUUGUACAAGAAUAUGAAAGAGCUGUGAUAUUCCGCUUAGGAAGACUUUUAUCUGGAGGAUCAAAAGGACCAGGUAUAUUUUUUGUGUUGCCAUGUAUUGAGGGUUACACGAAGGUGGAUCUCCGGACCGUCUCGUUUGAUGUCCCUCCACAAGAGAUUCUGACAAAUGACAGUGUUACAGUAUCUGUGGAUGCGGUGGUGUACUAUCGAGUGUGUAAUCCCACCAUUUCCGUGGCCAAUGUAGAAAAUGCCCACCACGCCACACGGCUUCUGGCACAGACCACGCUCCGAAACAUUCUGGGGACCAAGAGUAUGUCAGAAAUCCUGGCGGAUCGGGAGGCAAUCAGUAAAGCUAUGCAGAGCAUGUUGGAUGAGGCUACAGGUGAUUGGGGCAUCAAGGUUGAGAGGGUAGAAAUCAAAGAUGUCAGACUUCCCAAACAGUUACAGAAAGCAAUGGCUGCAGAAGCAGAGGCAUCAAGGGAGGCUAGAGCAAAGGUGCUUGCAGCAGAGGGAGAGCAUAAUGCUUCCAAAGCUCUGAAGGAAGCAGCGGAUAUAAUCAACACCUCUCCUGCUGCACUUCAGCUACGGUACCUACAGACUCUCAAUACCAUAGCCUACGAGAAGAAUUCCACCAUUAUAUUCCCCCUCCCUGUUGAUAUUUUGUCCUCUUUUAUGAAGUGAUUAUAAGCACUCUCUGUUAUGACUUACAAGCAAAUAACUUUCUACUUUUUUACACUAAUGUAGUCAUAUUUUUCUUCCUCAGAUUUUAAUUAGCAUAAUAUUGAUUCAUUGAAGAAUCAAUGCUGUUUUAACAAUGUGAUAACAUGUAUAGUAUUAAAUGCUGUUUUUGUGUACUGUAUUAAGUACUAUUGUUAAAUUUUUGUGUACUGUAUUAUUAUGGUACAAUUUUAGUUCAUUUCAGUUAUAACAAACAUGUGAUACACAUCUGUUAAUAAUAAUAUUUGAGCAAGUGGGCAUUAUAAUAAAUUUUAUGUGCAGAUAUUA